GUCACUAUCCUCAAGGGAUGCUGUGCCUCAGUGUCGCGACGCACGCGCAGCGACGCACGCGUCUUCACAGCUAUUAGCGAUAACCAUAAUGUUACAACACGUUCUUUUUCUGUCGGUUUUUCUUCUGUCCGGGAAGAAUGCGGUCGACUCAGCGAAACAAGAUGUCCGCGUGUCUGACUCUUACCUGCCCGUAGCCAUGCAGAUCAUCGCGCAUCUUACUGACCAAAUGUCUUUUGAAAUGAAAGACGAGGUUCCUAUAAAAACUACUACAACUCACAAACCACUGUAUGUGAACUUCGAUUAUUUUUCUAACUUGAAUGGAUGGUUUACGCGCUAUCGGCUUAGAGAUAUAACAACACCAUUCCACAAACCUGGUCUGUAUUCACCAUCAUCACCACCAAAACCUUCAGACCGUAUUUCCCCUAACAAGAACUUCCCAAAAACCCAACAAUUUGUUCUCCUCCCUAUCGAGCAGCACCAAUACAGCCUGAUCAAACCUCAAGGCACCAAGCCAGAUGGACCGCUUCUCGCAGCUCAUAAUGAAGAGGUGAAUCCUAUUGUGGAUCCAGCACCAAAUGACCCACAUUUGUUGCCACCAUAUGAUGAUUUGAAGGUCUCCAGCCGUUCUGAUGAUUUUGAUGAAGAGAACUUGCAGUAUUUAUCGGCGAAUGUGAGGGAAAUGAUAAGAAUGGCCAAUGAUCCAGAUGAUGAUAGGAUUGUAGACGUGUGGGAAGGUCUCAGAGUGAAUCCAGCGGAGCCUUCCUCUAAAGGCAAAUUGUCAACGUCUAAUUUGAGACUGUUACUGUUGUACGAUCUACUGAGCAGAGACGCUAAACGUCAGAGAUUGUCUGACUUCAGUGGUUUCUCGCCUGAAGUUAUGAAGUCUCUUGUGGAGUCAUCUAGCGGUGGUGCGCGGGCACAACUCAGCAUGGCUCUCUCCAAGAUGGUAGAACGACACGACUGCGGCCAUGAUUACGCUAACAACAGGUCCAAAGAGAUGGUCGCUGAGUUGGCGAAGGAUGAAUCCACUUUAUCAACAGCUUUAAGAUACUUACAGCCACUUGUUUAUAAGCUUUAGAUUUUCCAAAUAGUUAUACAACGUUAUACUUUCUGUAGUAAACAGUGUUCUAAUAAAAAAAACAGUUCUUAUCUAUGAUUGUGGUAUAACAACGCUAGUACUCAAUCCAUAAAUUAUCUUAGUUUCUGAAAUUUUAGUAUCAAAAGUAGUAUCUGUUUAAUUUAUUAACACAUGAGAAAAAUAGCGUUAUUUAACCGUCAUAUUUGACCUUAUGUAUACAGAUAGUCUUGAUACUUUAAACUUUCUCUAGAUUUAAAAAAAAAUGCCAUAUGUUAUACGAUAGAAUAAGAAAUGUCCCAUUUUUGUCAAUUAUUUGAAACGCAAUUUUUAACAUAGUGAUAUUUAGUAUUCAUUGUAAUACUUAGAUGAUAAACGCGACAUGAUUUGUUUAGUGGUCAUAUGUAUAUAAUGAAUGUAUUUUGUAACAGUUUUACAAAUAAAUACAACUGAGUAUG